AUGUACCCGGAGCCGCAGGACGUCACCAAGAAGCCCAGGACCGCCACGACAGCGCCACCUGUUGUCGGAGCUUCUUCUCCCACCCCGCCCUCAGUGCUGCCCUUUGGAAAUCAUGGAGAGGAAACUCCAUCAAAUGGAAGUCAGCCAGAAGUGCCCCUCGCAGACGAAGAGGAGGGCUCAUACGGUCGGCUCGUCCAGAGUCCGCCGGCGUCCAAAGGUCGCAAGCGCAAGAAAGACCCUCAGGACGCCCGGUCGGAGCCGGGGAGGUCGCGCCGGAAGUUCGGCCCCAUGUGGAAGCGUCGGGGAGAAGGCGCGCCGAGGAAUCGUCAGCGGCCACACUACUUCUGCAGUGAUCCAUCUCGAAACCACGGGCACGUGGUCUUCGGUCCGGCGGUUCUCGGAGCGAACCUGUUCACGCUGGAGGCGCUGCUUUCCAUCUGUCGGACAGACCUGGGUGUUCUCCGACGCCCCGACAGCCUGCGACCCAUCUGCGAGCGUGUCAGCCCACAUCGCUGCUGCACUUCCUGGUCCAUACCGCACUUCAUCGCGCUGCUGCACAACCGGUCUUCGUGCAUGGACAUCACGGCCACCGACGUCCAGAAGAGGUUUCGUUUGACACAUUUGAGGUUAUGGCAGCAGAUAUACCUGGCAGCACAGACGGUGCAACCAGUGCAGCAGGAACGAAGGUUGCAGCCAACACAGCAGUUCGCUUUCGAGAGUUCCUUUUAA